AUGGGUCCUGGCUCAGCCGAGGCUGACUAUUCCUCAGACGAAGAAGAGGCACAGAGCAACCCAGCCAGAACCAGCUCCAAAGAGGAACCUUUGCCAGCACCUGAGGAAGGAGAGGCUCCAGCAUCUGAGGUGCAGCAAGACAAGCUUGAGGUGCAGUUGGAAGAAGAGCCUGGCCCAGCACCUCAAGAUCGUGCCGGAAGCAUUAGCACCCUUGACUCUUUAGACUUCGCAAGGUACUCAGAUGAUGGAAACAGGGAGACAGAUGAACGGGUGGCUGUCCUGGAGUUUGAACUACGGAAAGCAAGGGAGACCAUUCAGGCCCUCCGAGCCAACCUGACUCAGGCUGCAGAAAAUGAAGUUCCUUUGCAGGAACGGAGAAAUUACAAAUCAAGUCCUGAAAUUCAGGAACCAAUUAAACCUCUUGAAAAAAGAGCUCUAAACUUCUUAGUCAAUGAAUUUUUAUUAAAAAAUGGUUACAAGCUGACUUCAAUAACUUUUUCAGAUGAAAACGACGAUCAGGAUUUUGAGCUGUGGGAUGACGUGGGACUGAACAUUCCAAAGCCCCCAGACUUGCUCCAGCUCUACCGUGAUUUCGGGAACCACCAAAUAUCCGCAAAGGACGUUUCGGAUGUCGCCGUUGGCACAGAGGAGGACGAGUUAGACGCCACCACUCCUAUCCUUGAGACCAUUCCCCUGUUUGGAACGCCACAAUCCAUAGAGCAAUGUGUAAUGGUGCAGAAAUUGGAAGAUCAAAUUAACGCGUUAAGCACGGAGAAAUGGUCUCUGAUGGAACAGAUACAAAGGCUGGAAAGUGAAAUAGACUACUUAAGGAAUGAAAAACCUGCUGUUCCCGUAAUAUGCGAUUCGGUCCAGUCGUCUCUAGUUCAAGUGCCUCUCACAUUCCCUGAUGAUAAUGGAAGAUAUUUGGAUAUCAAGAGUUCUGCCACUGACAGCAACCAUGGGGAAACUGAAGAGGAAAGGCUUUUCACAGGAACUGAACCUGAAUCCAGACUUCCUAAGGAUAACACUAAGAGUUGUCUCCCUAAUAAGGAGAGAGAAAAACUUCCGUCUUGUCCCCCGUCCAUUAAAGCUGCCGUACACUUUGAUAAACCCAAUAGGAAGCUGUCGCCUGCAUUCCACCAAGCGUUGCUGUCCUUCUGUCAGAUGUCAGCAGAAAGCCGUUUGGGAUCAGAGGUGUCUCGGAUUGCCGAUAGCGAGAAAAGCGUCAUGCUAAUGCUGGGCCGCUGUUUGCCUCACAUCGUCCCGAACGUCCUGCUUGCAAAGCGAGAGGAACUGAUUCCGCUCAUAUUGUGUACAGCUUGCCUCCAUCCUGAACCCAAAGAAAGAGAUCAGCUCCUCCACAUCCUGUUCAACUUGAUAAAAAGGCCAGAUGAUGAGCAAAGGCAGAUGAUUCUGACGGGCUGUGUAGCAUUUGCGCGCCAUGUUGGACCGACACGUGUAGAAGCAGAACUUUUACCACAAUGUUGGGAGCAGAUCAACCAUAAAUAUCCAGAAAGGCGGCUGUUAGUGGCAGAGUCCUGUGGCGCAUUAGCACCUUAUCUUCCUAAAGAGAUUCGUAGUUCCUUGGUGCUUUCUAUGCUGCAGCAAAUGCUGAUGGAAGACAAGGCAGAUCUGGUACGAGAAGCUGUGAUCAAAAGCCUCGGCAUCAUCAUGGGCUACAUUGAUGACCCAGACAAAUACCAACAGGGUUUUGAACUACUACUUUCAGCUUUGGGUGAUCCCUCAGAACGAGUAGUUAGUGCAACUCAUCAGGUGUUCUUGCCUGCCUAUGCUGCCUGGACUACUGAACUGGGAAAUUUGCAGUCCCAUCUUAUACCUACGUUGCUUAGUAAAAUCGAAAAACUACUCAGGGAAGGAGAGCACGGGCUGGAGGAACACAAACUCCACAUGUAUCUCUCUGCUUUGCAGUCCUUGAUUCCUUCGCUUUUUGCACUGGUGCUACAGAACGCGCCUUUCACCAGCAAAGCAAAGCUUCAGGGAGAAGUCCCACAGAUCGAAGUGACAAGAUUCCCAAGGCCUGUAUCACCUCUUCAGGAUGUGGCCACUAUAAUCGGAAGCCAUGAACAACUGGCAGUUCUGUUGCAGCUUUAUGAUUACCAGCUGGAGCAUGAGGGUACCACAGGCUGGGAUACCUUACUAUGGGUUGUUAAUCAGCUGUUGCCGCAGCUUAUAGAAAUCGUUGGCAAAAUCAACGUGGCCUCAACAGCCUGCGUGCACGAAUUCUCAAGGUUUUUCUGGCGGCUCUGCAGAACAUUUGGCAAAAUCUUCACAAAUACGAAGGAACAAAAUGUUAACACCUCUUCUACCGUUUUACCCCCCUUGAAUUCAGAUACCACAGCCGGGAAUGGAGUGCUAACAAAAGCCACAGUUCCUAUCUAUGCAACGGGUGUACUGACAUGCUAUAUCCAGGAAGAAGACCGCAAGCUGUUAGUUGGAUUCUUAGAAGACGUGAUGACUAUGCUUUCAUUAUCACAUGCUCCUCUUGAUAGCCUGAAAGCAUCUUUUGUGGAACUGGGCGCAAACCCAGCGUACCAUGAGUUGCUGCUAACGGUAUUGUGGUAUGGCGUGGUCCAUACAUCCGCACUCGUUCGAUGCACAGCUGCUAGGAUGUUUGAGCUGUUGGUGAAGGGGGUCCAUGAGACGCUGGUAGCUCAGAGAGUCGUUCCUGCUCUCAUUACUCUCGCCAGCGACCCUGAAAUCUCUGUAAGAAUAGCAACGAUUCCUGCUUUUGGAACCAUCAUGGAAACGGUCACGCAGAGAGAGCUGUUAGAGAGAGUUAAAAUGCAGUUGGCCUCUUUUCUGGAAGAUCCCCAGUACCAAGACCAGCAUUCCUUACACACAGAAAUCAUUAAAACAUUUGGAAGAGUCGGGCCAAAUGCUGAGCCAAGAUUUCGAGACGAAUUUGUCAUUCCACACUUGCAUAAACUUGCAUUGGUUAAUAACCAACAGUCUACAGAUUCAAAAAGACUGGACAUCGCAACUCAUCUCUUUGAAGCGUACAGCGCCCUCUCCUGUUGUUUCCUUUCAGAGGAUUUAAUGGUCAGCCAUUUUUUACCUGGACUCAGGUGUUUACGAAACGACAUGGAAACUCUCUCACCAGAACAUGAAGUUAUUUUAAGCUCCAUGAUAAAGGAGUGCGAACAAAAGGUGGAAAAUCGGUGUGUCCAGGAACCACAAGGCUCCAUGUCAAUUGCCGCAAGCCUGGUGAGUGAAGACACAAAGACCAAGUUUCUAAACAAAAUGGGCCAGUUGACCACAUCAGGUGCCAUGCUGGCGAACGUAUUCCAGAGGAAGAAGUAAAUUGGAGAAGGAAGUCCUUGUAAAACACAUGAGAGACCUCACUGAGACUGGCUCCUCGUACUUGAAGUACUUGCCUUUUUAUUUCCCUGUCUUACGUUCUUGUAGUAUAAUUUGACUCUGACCUACAAAGAUAUUUGCACUGCUCUUGAAUAUCGCUGUGUAUCUGUUAACUUUUGGUUAAAUGUGGUUGAUUAUAAAACUAAAUUAAGUCUGUAUUAAGUCCCUGUCCUGUGUUCUUGUCUUU